AUGGAAAGCACAAUCACUUUGGUGCUUGAGAUUGUUUAUGAUAUACUUUUACGCCUACCUGCAAAGUCUCUACAGCGAUUCAAGCUUGUAUCCAAGCCAUGGGGUUCUCUGAUAUCUGAUCCUAACUUUGCUGAAUCUCAUCUCUGUCGAGUAAACACAUCCCAAGACAAUGUUAACCUGUUGCGGGUUGGGCAGAUAAGAGCCGUGAUGGGGCCUCGUCCACGUUUGUCACUCUAUUCAAUGGACUCCGAUGGCUUGAAUCGUGAAAUUGUAAAGCUAGACUAUCCCUUCGGCGAUAAUCUGCGCCAUGCUCGAAUCUUGGGUUCUUGUAAUGGUUUGUUACUUAUAGAUACAGAAAGCUGUGCAGAGUACUUUUUGUGGAAUCCAUCAACCGGUAAGUACAAGACGAUUCCUCCUCCUUUUAUUCAGGAGGAUGGUGAGUUUAUUUCAGGACUUGCUUACGAGUCUACCUCUAGAAACUACAAAGGAAUAAUAGUUUCUCAUUAUGUCAGCGGACCAUCAUCUCCAUCUCAUGAUAAUUAUGGCAAUUAUGAAUCUUUAUGCUACCGUGUUUAUGAUUAUCAAAAAAAUUCAUGGACAUCAAAGGAUUUCUGUGAGUUUUCUUAUCGGAUACACACUAGUAGUACGGCUGUUAUGGUUAAUGGAGUUCCACAUUGGUGUGUUUAUCGUCGAAAAUUAAAUGAACAAGUGGAGUUACCAAUGUGGGCAACCCAGGAGAUGAAAUUCGAUUUGGGAGUCUUGGGAGGAUGUUUAAGUAUGUCCCUUAAUCCUCAUGGAAGCUUUACUGAAGUAUGGGCAAUGAAAGAAUAUGGAAUACCGGAAUCUUGGACUAAAUUGUUUGUCAUUUCAUCGUCCUUUGGUAAAUUGAGGCCAGUAUGUUUCCCAACGAACAACCGAAACAAAGUUCUACUGAAGGUAGGUGUAGAGAAGUUAGAGAAGUGGAAGAAGGAAGGUGUAGAGAAGUGGAUAAUCUUCGAUCUUAAAGAAGAAAUCACGGAGAGGAUUUUGUUACUAAAAAAUGGCAACUGGUUUGACACGUAUUUAAGCGAAUGUACUUAUGUAGGUAGUCUAGUUUUUCCAGAAGAACACCAAACUAAUCAUGAGGAAUUGGUUGAUGAAUUUUGUACUCUGUGA